UGGCAACCGUGUUGUCUCUCUUUUUCUGUGUUCCUUUUUAUGUCUCUCUUGUCAGUCACGAUCAGGACAUUCGAGCAGAAACGCCAACGAGGAGGAAAACGUCCGACCGGAAAAUGGCCGUGAUCCAUGAAAUCCUCCUCAUUAUUGUUGCGAUCUCGAACGUUCAGACACAGGAUGAUUCAACAGUAGAAAUCGACAAUCCCGAAGACAAUUGUACCACCGAUAGCAUCGUUAUUCUAAAUGUCUCAAGCGAAAACCAACGAGGACAACUCGAUGCUAUGAUGGAUGUACUGGUAGAAGAUGCUACGAAAAACGGUACCAAUGUAUCUCACUUCUGGACUCCGUCAAUUGCAAAGGAUUGGGAAGAACAGGCACCAAAACUAAAUUUCCCUAAAACAAUUUCCGAAGAACGUUUCAAGAUGGCUACUCUACAUCUUGACCAAGCACCAUUCGUUUUUGAUUUUCUUCGAAACGUUUUCUUUCUCAUUCAUCCUUACGACAUACCGAUCGGUCUAUUGAUAGAAGCGAUAGAGAACCGUAUUACUACUUCCAAAUUAAUAUCUGAGUCGAUGCACAUCGAAGCGAUAUUCUUAGCGACAGUCGGUGUCUGCUGCAUCAUGGCCUGCAUAGUACCUGGCACAGAACUCUGGUUCGCUUGUCGUCCAAUUAGAGAGGAUUACAAACCCUGCCGGCAUCCGGAGGUCCUCGCAUUUCUUCUUGCAGCUUUUGUCUUCGUACUCGGGUCGUGCAUGGUCACCAUGAUGGUCUGCAACGAGGCCGCAAGAGCUGGAAUCGAGAAGCUUCCCAUAGUCGUGGAAACGGCAUUGCAGGAUCUCGACGACUAUCAUCAAGAUACAACGACGCAACUACGGAAAUGUCUCACGAGAAGUCUCGAUGUCGCAAGUGAGGCCAUACUCGCGGACUUGGACAACGUAGAAGAACUACUUGGCAAACCAGUGCAAGCAGAACUCUCUGUCGAAACGGGUCUUGACGUAGCAUUAGAUGCUCUCAUGGAUCUAGCAAACGCUAGUCAAGAACUCUCGAGCAGAGCGGAAUCAUUAUUGAAGGAAGGAGAAAGAGCACGCGAUCUCGGGACGCAAUUGAAUCGAGAGACCGACGUGAUACGACGCGAUUUAGAAAGUGCCGUUAGAACGUGCUCGGUUCAGGAUCGUCCUCUCUGUUCCGUCAUCGACCCUUCUGGCUUACGUCUCACGCUGCGCAUAGAACAACUUUUAAGGGAUGAUCGUAUUCUGCGUUUACGAGGUAGCAGCAAAGAGAAUCUCACGGAGGUUGGACGUCAAGCACGUGGAGAGUACCUCUACGUGCCUCAUUACAUCGCCAGAAGUACCUUGGAUGCGAGAAAUCAGAUUCGCCGUGAGAUCAGCAGUGCACGUGCCAGGAUUUUCCAAAAGACACGGAACAUGGAAGCGAGUAGCACGGAACUUUCGAAACAGCUCAAAUCUGCAAGGAAUAUCGCGGAUUAUGCGAUACCCUACGUCAUCGCGUUCGAGCAGAUUAGGUGGCUCGUUGGUCUCGGUACUUUUCUCUGUAUUUUACCCAUCUGGCUAUUAUUACUCGGAGCUCUUCGUUGCCAUUGUGGAUCGUCCGAGGGUAAAGUGCGACCGACCCUCUUGUGUACUGUAUUUACGAGCUGCUUCAUUUCGAUCGCUUUAUGGGCGAUAUUCGUAGCAGGAUUAGCCUUAUCUGGUCACAUUGAGAUGUUACUCUGCCGACCACUUUACGAUCCUGAAUAUCGUACGUUAGAGGCCGUUUUGGAAACUCGAACCUUUCUCGGAAAAAGAUUGAGCGUGUCUUUGAAGGAUAUGUUCGAAAAGUGUGAAAAGAACGAAGCAGCAUAUCCUGCGUUUCGACUUGAUCGUACGAUGCAAUUAGAGCAACUUACGGAACACUGGAUGUGGACCGAUAUGUCCAAAGCAAAGUCAAAAUUAAAAGUCGACUUAAAGGGUCUCAAGAUAUUAACACCUACCUUGCAACAACGACUUCAGAAUCUUCUAUACGCUUGUGGACCAAAUCUUACGGAACAUAGAAUUAUGAUACAAGGACCGAUUUUAAGCAAGGAUCCAAACGCUUUAUCCGAUCAAUUGGAUAGCAUAGCUCGUCAACUUAGCGAUAGAAGCGUCGCCCGAGAUUUACAAAUUAUCGGCUCUAAUAUGAGAGACCUUACGUCGCAAAGAGUGAAGCCACUGAUGAAGCUACAAGAUAAUCUGGUUUAUCAAAUAGCCAUAUUAGAAUUACAACUGCUACCACUUAUGCGACAAGUCAACCAAUCCAUUUCACAUUUAAAAACGAUUCAAUACUAUAUUGAUAAUCAGGGAGAUAAAAUCGCUCAAUUAAAAGGAAAGGCAUUUAUAAAUCGAUUAAAUAAUUAUUUAGAUCAAUGGAGAACUCAUGUAAUAUCGGAGAUGGAUAGUGGAGUUUCCAAAUGUCGGCCAUUAUGGGAAAUAUUAAAAGGAAUGAGGCUUCUUUUGUGUAAUCACAUUUUAGGCCCUUUAGUACGUCACUAUUAUAGAUAUCGAAACUAUGGAAUAUUUUGUCUUCUUCGUACGAAGGUACUUUACUGUUCUUUAUUUUUUUUUUUUCAGAAUGGAUUCUGGUUUGCUACGUUGAUAAGUGCACUUAUUAUGAUGGUCAGUACACCAAUUGCUCAUAUUUUGUCUUUGGUAUAUCGAAGACCAUCGUUUUCGAAGAAGGAUACGUCUUUAUUAUCGAUGAGAUCAGAAAGUCCAGAAACUGUAGUGAUGGACCGUGCGACAUGGCAAAGUCCAGAGACGUCGCAAGAAGGAUGGUGACGAGCGCAAAAUGUUUAACAAUAAGGAUACGAUGACUUCGAUUUUAAAAAUGCUGCUGACAUUAGAUAAUAUUUAUUUAUAUAUUCCUGAACCCGACAAAUAAAUAAUAGUCGGGU